AGGUUUGACAGGCGCACGCAGGCACCGGAGAAGAGACCCUUCAAGGCUCUAUUGUUGGCGCGCGGGGCGCUUGCCGAGGCUUCGAGUGGCUCGAGCUGGCAACGGCAAUUUUCCUGGGAUUCAUCAAAUCGCUUAGAAAGCCCGGCUAACUUCGCCCGCUGAGGAGAAAGUCCCGAACCUCUUUUGAAUUUUUCUAUUUGGGUGCGUGUGUGCGCUCGUGUUUUUGUUUGGAGUUUUCUUUUGUGCGUCUCUCUUCCGAAGCCGCUUUGUGAAAGAACCUUGACACAAGUGUGGAGGCGGCUCUUUUUUGGUCAUGUCUCGACGAAGCCAACGCAUUGGUGGAACUUUUCGCAGUUAUCAAAGUGAGGAUACUGGGAACAGUAGGAUCAGUGGAGGAAGUUCUCUGCUAAGUGGGCCUCAGCCCCUGUUUACAGAUAAUUCAAACAGUCGAACCCUGAGAAAGAAACCAAGCAGUGUGAAACGUCUGUCUCCUAUACCUAGUCUAGGGAUCAGUUCUGCUCCCCAUACUACCGCCUACUACAGUGAGUCUGUCAUUAAUGAGUCUUAUCUAACUGAUGACAGAGGAUUUUCUCUUAAAACUAAUGUGGCCUUUGAUGAGCCAUUGGAAAGCAGUUCUUAUUGGAGUGAGGAUCUUUCACCGAGAAGGAGAAGAGGUAUAGGGGGCAUCGAGUCCAAUAAGAAAAUCAAUGGAUUAGGAGACAAGAAGACAUAUGACACCUAUGGUUCUUCAUCUGGUUAUUCCUCUGAGGAUGACUACACAGGUGGGUCUUCCAUGGACCAGAAUACAUCCAAUUUUGGGUUCAAGAGUGUCCUCUCCAAAGUAGGGUCCUUCAUUUGGUUGGUGCUUUUAGCCCCAGGACGGUUCUUUGGUUUGUUAUACUGGUGGAUGGGGACCAUGUGGUAUCGUCUAACAACUACAGCCUCUCUCCUGGAUGUCUUCAUUUUAACACGGAGCUAUCCAGUGUUGAAGAAGAUAAUGUUGUUUAUGCUUCUGCUCUUGCUCCUGAGCUCUGUUGGUUAUGGUGCAUGGUAUUUUUAUCCCUUUGGGCUUCAACCUUCUAUGUUUUCUUGGGGAACGGUGAAAUUAUUUCCCUCUGGCACCAAGAAGGACCAAGAAAUGGGAGAGACUGCUGUAUUUUCUGAGGCCCAGCAACAGGCUUUGUCUCGUCUCCAGGCACUGGAAAGACGUUUUGAGACCCUGGAAACUGCAGCUUCUAUGCUAGAAUUCCAGAAAAGAAAGAACACAGAAGGUGCCACCCUGUCUCAUGAGGAUACCCUGGUGCUCCUGGAUGGGCUGAUGACUCAGAAAGAGGCAGCCAUGAGAGAGAAGCUUGGCUCAGACAUAGAUCUUCAUCUCCAGGAUAAAUUGGAUGCUUUCCAAUCCCAGGUGCAGAAGGAUUUUGACAAUCUCCUGAAGAAAGUCUCUCAGACUUCUGAGCAGGUGGAGGCCCAGACAAUUGAGAAAACAGCUCAGUGGCAAAGCUCCAUAAAAGAAGACCUAAUGAAUACUUUCCGAAAGGAAAUAGAGAAACUGGAGGACCAUCUAUCAAGUCUGAAAAAUGAAUUUGGGACUUUAAGUUCUAAUCAGAAGGCAUUGUCAAGACAAGUGGAAUCUCUUCCAGGGCAGAUCAAGGAAAUGCGAGAAGAUGUGGAAAUUCAGUUUCCAACAUGGUUUAGCCAAUUCCUGUCCCGAUCUAGAGAGGAUAAAACUGGAAAACCUUUUGUCCAGCAUGAAGAAUUACAAGAGCAGCUACGCAAAUUGGAGCACAAGAUCCUUGCCAAGAUCUUGAAGGACCAAGAAUUGUCUGUGCAGGAUGUUGGAGUCACUCUUCAUAAAGAAGGAAUUACAGGAGUGACUGAGGAGCAAGUUCAUCAUAUUGUGAAUGAUGCCCUGAAGCGCUACAGUGAAGAUCGCAUUGGAAUGGUUGAUUAUGCACUUGAAUCUGGAGGAGCCAGUGUUGUCAGCACCCGGUGUUCAGAAACCUAUGAGACCAAGACUGCACUUCUUAGCCUUUUUGGCAUACCAUUGUGGUAUCAGUCCCAGUCUCCAAGAAUCAUUCUACAGCCAGAUGUCUAUCCUGGAAAUUGUUGGGCUUUCCAAGGCUCCCAAGGUUUUGCUGUCAUCCGCCUUUCAAGCAGGAUCCAUCCCACUGCUGUGACGUUAGAGCAUAUCUCCAAAUCGCUUUCCCCCAGUGGAACCAUUCCCAGUGCCCCCAAGGACAUUGAAGUCUUUGGCUUAGAGGAAGAAGGGCAUCAAGAGGGCAUCCUCCUUGGGAAGUUCACAUACAAUCAAGAUGGGAAUCCUAUCCAAACAUUUCACUUUCAGGAUAUAGAGAAAGAGGCAGCCUUCCAGCUGGUGGAGCUAAGAGUUCUCAGCAACUGGGGCCAUCCAGAAUACACCUGCAUUUACCGUUUCCGUGUGCAUGGGGAGCUGGUCUCAUAACGUCUUCUUGCACCACUAGCUCUAAAGUCACCUACCUCAAGAUCUGCACUUCAGACUGUGAAAGACAGUUGGGAAGCAGUGCCAGGAUGGCAAGCAACUUGGAAUGGGCAAUAUAUCUUUUUUGCUAUGUUUCACAGAGACAGGAUGUAAGCUGUGACUCUCCCUGAUCAGUCAGCUCUCUCCUGGAAACAACACUCUUCUGAAUGCAGAGGAAGAAAGAGGCCUUUUGGAUUUGGUAUUUUAUAUUUAGUUCUUCUUAAAGCAGAUUUUUAAACAUAUUUAAUCCAGUUCAUAUUUACCCCGUCCUUUAUACUUCUCCAAACCUGAUUCUGGUUGUUCCUUUAAAACUCAAUUUUCUGGGGACUGAAGGCAUGUUUAAACAAGCUAAGCAAUGCAGAAAAAAAAUGGCAGUGACAUAAGGUUUGGUGUGAAGUAAGGCUAUAUUAAAGCCUUUGCCAGAUUCUAGGGUCCUAUUUAGGCCCUCAUUAGUGUGUUCUCCCUCCUCCCAAACCUCAACCUCUUCAUAGAAAGGUGCCUUUUACUGUGCCUACUCUGAGUGGUUCUGGGGGAUACAGAAGGUGUACUGGAAACUGUGCAGUUGAAAGUUUUAAAAAGUGGUGUUGUAACUUUGGUCAACUUUAUAUCACCAUCAUAUUGUGUGGAGGCAGGUAGAAGAAUGUUUUCAUGAAAUCUGUCACGGAUGAGGAUUGUAGACUUAGGGCCAUUCCUCUUCCUGUGUAGACAGGAUUCCAUGGGAAGCAGCAAUGCAAAGAUUCAAAAGCUACAGAGAAAAAUAGGGGAUUGUUUAUUAGGGAACUGUGAUGUGUUUAGAAAUUCGAAGCUGCAGUUUUGAAGAAUGGGAAAAAAAGAGUUUUUCUAUGAGGAAAAUAGUGUAAAGAUAAAUUAAAGUUAUUUGUAUGGAUUAACUGUUAACACAUAUGUCCCAAUGUGCAGUAUUUUGUUUCUUAGAAAAUGAGAUAAUAUUGUCAGGCCUUCACACUGGCCUAGAAUCAAAUACACCAGUUCCUAAUAAGAGGGAGAUGGUUGCUAAUGCCAAAGUAUCCAUUAUAUUCAGAGAUGAAAUAUCUCUGAAUAUUGUUUUCUUGAAUAUCCUAUAUAUUUUGCAACCGUCAAUAUUACAAUAUUGGCUCCAAAGACAAAAAUUGUUUCUUAUUGAAUUCUGUCUUUCGACCUGCUUUCAGCAGACAAGUUGCAUAUUGUAGUUCACAAAACGUUAAAAGACUCUUGAGUUGAUUUCAACUCCUGAUGAUAAUGUAAAUAUAUCAGAAGCCGUCAUGAUUUGAACUGUAUAUGUUGGAAAGGGAUUAAAUGCUGUUUUUAAGCUUGCAUAACAUACAUAUUAAUCUCAUAAGCCAUUAAGAGUAGCAGGAACAUGAACUUCUAAUGUACCACAACCUUAUAUUUCUAAGUUAAUUGAAUUUUUAGCCAUUUAUUUGAAUAGUUACAUGAGACAGAGAAAGUUCAACUAAAUGUCUAUAAUAACUUGCUAAACUUAAUCCCAUGAUCACUAAAUAGUAAAUAAAACUGCUAUAUUUCCACAAUUUAUAUAGCAAAAUAUAAGCAUUAAUCAGAGUCCUGAGAUGGCAUAAUUUUUUAAACAUUGCUUAUGGCAUGAAAAAACAGUCUCCCCCUUUAAUAGAAAACAAACACAGCAAAGAAUAAAACAGCAAGCCAAGAAAAACUACGUAUCUCCCUGUUAUGCUAAUUGUUGAUCACAGAAACAAUUUUACAGAUAGAAAGAUUUUUAAAACGGUGUCCUUUUUCUUUGCUUGAAAGUGUCACACUCUAUUUAGCUGCUACCCUUUGUAGUGGAAAAGCUUUGUACUUAGUAUAGGCUUAUGAAAAGAACAUUUUUCUUUUGACUAAAUGGAUCGUCUUUGAAUGAAAUCUCUGCUCAGUAGAUAUAGCCUUCUGGGAUUGUUGCCUAAAUAAUUCCUCCUUCCACCCUUACUUGAGAAGGAAAUAGCUAUACAUGGCAAAAGAGCAUGGAGACUUUCAUGGGUCUCAAAAGAUCCAAUUUUUCAGACUGAAAUAAUUUUGGAAUCAACAAAUGCUUCCUGUUUUAGAAAAAAUGAUCUAAGGGGAAGACAUACAGCCUUGUCCAACAUUUCCAAUUUGGGUCCCUCCAAAAGGUCUGUCAGUCUGUCAAUUAAUAGUUGACAUUGACUUGAUGACCCCGAAUUAAUCCAGAUAGGUUGGGAUUACCAGAACAGAGGUCAGAUGGGGGAAAAUAAUCUGGCAAAGUGAAUAUUAUCUCUAUUCUUGACUGCAAUGGUUUUUAUUAUUUAAAUGAAGCCACAUAAACAUUUAGGUAGGUAACCAUACUGACAACUGAAGAGAGAAUGUAGAGAUAUCUGGUAGCAGGCUGGAAUAGUGCUCUACACCAGAGUACUGUAAAUGUUGAAUGUCCUGGGUUCAAUCUUUGAUAUAUGUGGUUAAAGUUAGGAAAACAAUCUCCAAAUGAUUGUUGCUACCACUAUCCAGAGGAGUUGCAGCAUUUCUC